AUGGCUCCAAAAAAGCACGCACAAUGUUUUAAGUUUGAUACUGAUAAUCAUAACAUUCGUAAAUGCGUCAAGGAAGGACACAGGGUUUUUUUAAUCCUCCGCGGAGCUCCUGGAUCUGGAAAAACGACACUUGCCAAGAGCUUCGUCGACAUUGCAGUUUCUGAGGAACUAAAAAGCGCGUUGAUAUGUGCUCAAACAGUGAUGGCUAGUCAAAUUGCAAAGAAAGUUCGCGAAGCCAUACGCAACGAUGUACCGCUUAUUAUUGUGGACGAUGAGCACGUCGACCGAUUAACAAUUAAAACCUUGGCACUGAUUGCGACUACGGAGAGCUACGAAUGUUUCGUGGCUGAGCCGGAUACUCUCUGGAAAUACAAUGCGCAAAUAUGCAAAGAAAAAACUCAACGAAGUGACACUAUUGAUAUGAUCAGCAAAAAAAUUGCAACCAUUCAAGCGGCCACAUUGCGAUGGGAUCACAUUGUAGCUGGUGGAGAAUCUAACUUAGAAGUGUAUAAUUUUUAUGAUAAUCCAAGCUCAUCAGAUAGCUACAUUGCUCCAAAAAUAUCGUCACUCACUGUGUCUCAAGAAUUUUCAUUGGCUCCCACACCGAAAAUGACGAGUACUAGGUCAUGCGGCACUACCGUUUGCAUGGAAGCAAUCAUUCAUGAAAUGGCUGACAUUGACGACGAGUUCCCCCAUUGUGGCUUCUUUCUCGGUGAAGAAAAAACAGUCAAAGCCAAAGAUAUGACUAAUAUCUCGAUGGUCGAGCGAUGCGAGGAAACCGAAGAUGUUCGUUUUUCGGCAACCGGAGAACGUAGCGUUCAUCCUUGGCCGCCACUAGUAAAGGGUACUUCCGAUGACGUUGCUUUUUCGCUUCUCCGAUGUACUUUCGGAGAAAUUGAUCUGGCUGUUUUGCGGCAUAACCUACAAAUAUUUGGCUACGAAAUAGCUUUCGAAAUAUUUAAAAUUCUCGAAGGCACAUCUGAGAACGAUCUUCUACCUAGCGACGAUCGAUUUUUAUUUGAGGAACUUGAGCAAAUAGAGAGCUACACUAUCCCCAAUAUAGAAGAUGAAUUAGAAGCGAGACAAUCGGAACGAGAAAUGCUUCAAUUUCAUGAAGAUGAAGAGGCUGACACUGGAAACGAUGCACAAAUUGCUUACCUUGUGUUCCUAGAAUUGAAUGGAUCAGACGAAUUGUCUCAAAACCAGGACGAUUUCAAUAUAUCGCGGCUCUCGAGAGCGUUUCCUGAUUGUCCUGAUGUCAAACAAGUGUACGAGGCCGGUAUGAAAGACUACGAAACCGUACGCGAAAUGCUUCGUGCUAUGGAAUAUCAGGAAUUCCCACUCGAACCGAUCGUCCCACAAAAAUCUAGCACCACAUACAGUGGAACCGUAGCGAGUUCCAGUCCUGUACGCAGUGCAAAACCCAUGAAAACAAAAAAUAAUGAUAAUCACUUUUUGAAAAAACAACCCAAUCGAAAAUCUCAUCAACCGCUAAAAGAAGUUCAACGAGAAGCUUUGGAGAUGCGGAAUAACAUUGGAAAAAACGUUUCAAAUCAAGCAUCGUUAGUUGCAAAGCAGUUUAGUUAUUCGGCUACAUCGGAGAGCGCGACGCGAAGAAGGGAACAGUUAGCCAUUGAAAUUGGGCGAAUCGACCAAAAAAUCCGUUGUGCUCAUAACAAUCCGUGGAACCUCGAUUUACAUUAUAUGUCGGUGGAUGGAGCUAUUGAGCUGGUUUUAGAAGCGAUAGAAGCAGUCGAGUAUCUGAUAAAAUAUUCACCAGAAAAAUUUCCGCGACGCAUCACAGUCGUGACGGGUUCUGGAAAUAACUCGAAGGACGGUGCAAAGAUUAAACCACAGGUCAUCUCGAUGCUCAAAUCUAGAAGAAUUUCGUUUGGUAUGCUGAACGAUGGAUGCAUAGAAGUGAAAUUAUAA